CUUCUUCUGCACUGUCAGAACAAGGAAUUUACGUGUCUCGUCUCAAUGGUAAUGACAGGAAAACAUGUGGAAAACUAAAUUCUCCUUGUCGUACAAUAUCUUAUGGCAUACAACAAGUGUCAGCUGGGUCAUAUAUCUACCUGGAUGGGUCAGCUACAUCCAAAAAUCCUUAUACCUGCGAAGUCCUAAACCCAGGAUAUCCGGGAAUUCGUCUUGGCAAGAGCGUAUCAUUCGUCAGUAUACGAUCACGUGCUUAUAUCUCGUGUCUCCAUGGCAACCCGUGGUUGGUGGAUGGAACUAAGUUCAAAGACGGUGUACGAAUUAGCUUUUCCGGUCUGACUUUUCUGAAUACGUCCCUACGCCUCUUCGAUGCUUUUGUGGUUGUCAAUGAUACUGUAUUUGCGGAAACCAAACUUGUAAGCUUAGAUAUUGAAGUGUUAAAUCUGCCUCGGUUGGAUUUAUCGCUGAAAAAUGUUGUUUUCCAACAAAAUGCAGCGUGCAUGAUAAUAAAGCCUAGUAAGGUCAGCAAGAUUUUUGUUAACAUAACGAAUACGCUCUUCUAUCAAAACGGCAAUUUCUCUUUGGACACACCGUCUAUUCUUUGGUUAAAUUCCAAAGAAAAUUUGAUCAACAUUCAACUAAGGAACUGCAGUUUUAAGAAGAAUACUUUUAAGAAAUAUGGCAUGAUUGUGGUUGUAAACCAAUUAGGAACCACAAACUUUUUAUCAAAUCAGUUCAGAAUGGAAGAAAAUAGCCAUACGAAUCCAAGUAUUGAAGAAUAUGACGGUUUAAUUCGUCUCCUAUCUGCUUGGGUAUUUAUGAAAUUGGAGUACGGGUUUGUUUAUAAAACAUCUUCUACUUUUCUAACUGUGAGCGGGUACUCAGCGGAAAUCAACAUCUCAAACAUUCAAGUGGACGGAUUCUACUCAGUAACUCCUGGAGGUGGCGUAGUAAACCUAUUUCAAUAUGAUUCAUGUUACUUAUCAAUCAAGGAUUCCUCUUUUCGUAAUGGAAACAACAAUGGGACCGGCGGUGUUGUUUCAAUUGGCGCGCCAAAUUCGGUGCUUGCCAUUGAAAACUCGAUCAUUAAGAAUAUUUCCAAUUCUGUUUACGGUGGCGCAGUGUAUAUUAAAUCGCAACAGAACACACAUAUACAAUCGCCGAAUCGUGGCAAACAUUUCUUAGUGGAUUUACGCAUAAUCAAUACCUCGUUUUCAUAUAGCGCAUCAAGGAAGGACGGUGGUGCAGUAUGGGUAUUAGCUGAAAACUUAUUGUCGACUGUCCGUGAUAGUUCAUUUCUACGAAAUAGUGCUACACAUUCUGGCGGCGCGCUGUUCAUCUCUACGAAUAAUGCUGCUACAAUCAGCUUUUACAAUGACUAUUUCCUGGAAAAUAGUGCUGAUGAUGGAGGAAUUAUUCAAGCAAUAGCCCUCCCAAGAGAGUCUACAUUCAACCUUUUUAUCACCAACGUUAUGUUCGUCCAGAACAAAUUACGUGCACAUCCGCCAUAUGGUUACGGCAUUGUAUUUCUUUGGGCCCAAAGUACAAUAAUCAAAGUCUAUAUCAAAAAUACGCGUUUCAUUAGGAACUUAGCGAAGCAAGGUAGCAGCAUUCUCUUCAUUUUCAGUCAAUCCACAUUACAUUCCGUAACUUUAGAUACUUGCAUAUUUAGAGAAAAUAUUGGGUAUGCGGGAACAGUUGAUGUAGUAGGACACGCUUCACUAACGUGCAUGCAUUCGAUCUUCGAUUCGAAUGGUAAUGUGCCUUGCAAGGUCGGGGUAAUGUUCUUGGCUUUAAACGAUUCAAUGAUUUUCAUCACGAAUACGACUUUUGAGAACAAUUUCUGUGGAGCACUUAACGUACAUUUAAGUGGAUAUUCCAUUCUAAGCAUAGACGAUUCUGCUUUUGUUCGCAACAAGAAUAUAAACGGUACGGGAGGAGCUGUAAGAGUAGACACUCAAACCAAUAACCCUUCUGGGAUUUCUAAAAUUUAUUUUACGAAGAUAUUAUUCGAAGAGAAUAUAGCGGCAGCUGGAAGCGUUUUGUCAGUGUCCAACGGCAAAGUGCUAUUCAUGAAAAGUACGUUUUUGAAUAAUUUUGCACCUUUUCAAGGCGGGCAAAUUCUUAGCCGUGGUUCAACAGAUCUGAUUUUAGAACAUUGCGUGUUUAAACAAACAAGUCAAAUUAUUAUUAGUAAUACAAGAGAAUUCAUGGCCACUGCGUUCCUGAGGAUAUACAGCUCUGGUACAAUAUUUAUAGUUAAUACAACAUUCAACAGGAGUGCAAAAUCCGACGAACCAUUGAUUGUUGUCCCCGCAGCAAGUUGGAUAUCAUUUGACAAUGCCACGCUGAAUACUUGCCCAUUGAGUCAUGCUAUCAAAAAAACGAAUUAUAAUUACCGAGGCAACGAUAAUCGUUUUGUUGACUCUCUUAUUUUGUCCUGCAAGGAAUGUGACUACAAUUUCUACUCCCUGCAAAGAGGAACAGCACGAGGAUUGAAUGUAGACGACAGUUUCAAAUGCAUACCAUGCCCGCGUGGAGCAGAAUGUGUUGCCGCAAUCAAGUCAAAAACUAACUUUUGGGGAUACCAAACUAGUUCGAAUCCUCCUAAACUAGCCUUCACAAUUUGUCCGUUCGGUUACUGCAAGUCACCGCCAGCUAACAGUAGUAAAUACAAUGAUUGCCAAGGAAAACGUACGGGAGUUAUGUGUGGGGUGUGUUCUCAAGGCUAUACAGAAGCGCUGUGGUCAACGUACUGUACACCAGUCAAAGACUGCCACGAUCAUUGGUUUUGGGUUCUGUUUCUAGCGCUUGUCUUUUCUAUGGCCAUUCUCCUUGUUUUCAAGCCUCCGUUCGUAACGUAUUCUUUAAAACAGAUAUUUUGGUUUGAAAGGUUUGCAGGCAGUCGUACAGCAAACAUUCAGGCCAAUCAUGACAUAAUUCGCUCCCUCUCAGUGGACAAAGAGAUCGGACAGGAAAACAUACCGUUGUCUUCAUUACAGCAACUCAAACAAGACAAAAGACAAUUUUCCCGCUUUGUGGAGAUUAUCUUCUACUUCUAUCAAAUAGCACAAUUACUUCUUUCCUCGACUUCUCUGACAGAAUUUUUUGACACCCAAUUCCUUGUACCUGUUCUGGGCUUCUUCAAUUUCCAACCAAUUUUUAAGAAACAAGGUUUUCUGUGUCCUUUUCCAGGUCUCACUCCAGAUAUAAAGCUGGGUUUUAAAAUUGCUCCUGUCUUUGGAACUUUAGUUGCUAUUUUCCUUAUCUAUGCCUUGCAUUUCUUCAUCAGUGGUAUGAGAGGCUCCAUUCGUCCUGCUAUUUCUCCAUACCUCCAAGCCGGUAUUAAAACUAUAUUCCUUGGCUACGUAACCAUGGCCACUGUCAGUAUUUCACUCAUUCGCUGUGUUUUUGUUGCAGGUGAACCUCGAUGGUUCUACAAUGGAAACGUAUUAUGCUACCAAUGGUGGCAAUAUGCGUCGUUUACUUUUAAUGCUAUCUUUGUGAUUCCUUUGAUAUUUGUGCUUGCUUGGAUUUCGUUCAAACUUCACCAUGAUAAAAUAACAAUCCAACAGUUCUUUCUAGCCAUUAUCUGCCCCCUUCCAUUCUUACUGUUAUGGCUUUUCCGCCUUGUUUGUCCAUCUCCAGUAGUGAAUGUGGAAGAAAACCAAAAUUUAAACGCAUUAAAAGAGAUGCUAUUGGCUCCUUACAGACAGCCGAAAGGUGCAAGCAAGCGAGGGGCUUUAUAUUGGCAGAGUAUCUUGAUUGCUCGUCGAUUUCUUUUGGUUUUAAUCUUCUGUGUCGUAACAGAGUCAUCUAUCAGAUUAUUCUGUAUGACACUUGCUUGUGUUUUCGUGCUUUGCUGUCAUCUCAAGGUUAAACCAUUUCAAAAUUCGUUAGCAAACAAUCUCGAGUCUCUUUCUUUGUUGUUUUUGGUCAUUUUAGGCUUGGUCAACCAGUUUAAGUCUGUGUUCGUUGGUUCCGAACAAAAUAUCAAGGGUUCUUUAGUAACAGUUUUGAAAGUGUUUCAAUGGCUAGAGAUUGUUAUGUUAGGACUAUUUCCAGCCAUUCUUUUGCUUCUU